AUGUUCUCACUAGAAAAUUUUAGGCGGGACUGGCGUCUAGCGUUGGCAAGAUUUUCCUGGUGGCGCGCCCUAAACUUUAUUUUUAUUGAAGAUGUAGCAAGCGACCUGCCGCAGAUUACUUCUCAUGAGCGAGUAGAAACCGACCUCAACAUCUGA